AUGUUUUUCAUGAAUAUUCUGCGGACUAUAAAGAGUAUUGGAAGUGGUCUGAUUUUUACAACAGAAACCGAGCUGCUUUCCACAGAGGUGUACACCUCGUAUCUAGGGUACUACAAAAGUAAGCCCUGCACGGUGUUUAAAUACAAAAACGGCUACGCAAAAAAAGUAGAAGAAGCCUAUCCGUUAUUAAAGUAUGUGCAGGAUGUUCUUCAUAUCAUGCCGGAGGUAAUUGCGUACCAAAAGCACGGGAGCUAUUUUUAUAUUAUCACAGCAAGAAUACUGCCACUUGCCUCCCAAGAAGAAAUAUCUGCAAAGAAACACCAAUACGAACUCUUCAACCAGUUCAUAUCAACGAACAUCUCUAUAAUCAAUGACUCGCUAAUUAAAAAGAACAGUAUUAUCUUGGAGUCUGUCACGAAUAUGGGAAGGUCCCAGAGUGCUCCAAGUGACAGUGCUCUAUUAGAGGGAAUUGACUAUGCAGACAUAUACUAUGAUGCAGACUGCAGUACAAAAGCUAUGGUGUUUCCUGCAUUCAGAGACAAAAACACUGUUAAAAACACCCCAAACGUGAUAAAUGCGCUGCAUGCUCUGCUGGGGAAGGAGACAUACGCAGACAUAUACAAUAUGCUUGCAAGCCAUGCAGAGGAGCUCCCAGACUAUUACAUCCAGUAUAUAAUGACAGUAUUUCUGGCACACUUUCAAGAAAAAGACUACAAGAUCAAGGAUGUGGAUGCUGUCCUUACGCAGUUAUUCAAAGACCAGAGCAAAAAGCGUGAAGACACAGCAACUAGUUCGCUAUACUAUAUAGUAUCAAGCAUAUUUCUCUUUAGUGCAACAUCUAUGCAUAAAAAUAUAGAAAAGCAAAACAACACUUCUUUAUUAUACAUCCAGGUGGUAUUCUUCAGCAAGAAUUUGUACGAUUUGUCGAUGGCAGACAUAAAUGACCUAUUCUUGUUCCUGAAUAAGAACAUGGCACGCUUUAAAAAGAUGCGGAUGCAGAUAAUUGAGAUGCUAUUUGAUGCAUUGGCUGUGCUUAGCUCGAACAAUAAAAUGCUGUUUAUACAGCUGCUAAUGAAAGAGGUGCCAGCAAGUGAUAUUUCUGUGCACAUCAAAAGACAUAUGAAGACGUUGAUUGAGAUUGAUAAUGUGUUCAACCUUCUUAUCCUCCUUCUAAACAUACAAUGCACCAUCAACUAUAAACUGGGUCUUCACCUUUUGACCACAAACAUUAGCAGAAUUGAAAUUGAAGGCAUCCAGGAAAUCAUUCCUAUUCUAAGCAGAAGAUGCACAGAGGAGGAAACAAUUAGAGAGACCAUCUCAACGCUUAGGUUUAUUGUGGAGUACAUGGAAAGUAACAUAAAUGAGAUCAAAAACGGAAAAUGGAAGCUUUUAAAGUCGAAAAAAAUUAAGAACCAAAAGCAAAUGAAGUCAGCAGAAAGAGAGGCUGAGUGGAAAAGAAAAAACAAAGAGCACAUAAACGAGAAAAAAGAAGUUCUUGCUCAGAUCAGAAAAGAAGUAAAGAAAGGGCCAAAUUCAAGCAAUAGAACCUGGGAAAAUGAUGAUUGGUAG